GCCGACGGCGAGCGAGAGGCCAGGCGGCGCCGAAGCCGAAGCCGAAGCUGGACACGACGUUCGACUGCCUGUUCUGCAAGACCCAGAAGGCGGUCGAGGUGAAGAUGGUGCGGCUCGAGUACAUCGGGCUCCUGAAGUGCCGGGUCUGCAACGCAGCGUUCCAGUCGCGGAUCAAUUACCUUAGCGAGGCCGUCGACGUCUACUCCGACUGGGUGGACGACACCGCAGAGGCGAACUAUAAGGACGACGAAGGUGGACCCACUUCUGCCGCUUCCGCCUCCAUCCAGCCGGCCAAGGUCGCCAAGGUCGCGUAG